GGGUCGAAAUAUAUAAUAGUAAAAAUAAUCGGGGCUAAAAUGAAAAUAAGCAAAAUCUAGUUUGUCUUUGUUACUGAGCUUUCUCCCAGAAAGAGAGAGACAUCAUUGAUCAGAGAGAGCCUUUGAAGCACUCCAAAGUCCAAAGGCCAAGGUUUGCAUGAAUUUCUCUGGUCAAGUUUUCAUCAGAGGAAACAUGCAGCUUUGGGUGCAGAAUUGGUGAUACGGUUGUUUGCUUUUGUACUGCAGAAGAUUGAUUUGAGUUGACAGAAUUGCAUUCUUCAUUAUGGAGUCUCCAUGGAAGCUCUUGUACUUGUUGGAGCCGGCACCUAUUACCCUAAUAAUGACAGCUCUAGCUGUGACAUUUGGAUCUGCAUUUCGGGCUCUGAAUUAUGGUAAAGAAAUGGAACGGAACCGUGAUAUGUCAGAAGCAUCUAUUAUCUUGGAUAGGUCACAGGCACUGAUGAUCCCAGUAAUGAGCUCUUGCAGUUUGCUUUUAAUGUUUUACCUGUUUUCAUCAGUCUCCCAACUUCUCACUGCGUUCACAGCCAUUGCCUCUGUUUCAUCUCUAUUCUUCUGCCUCUCUCCUUAUGUUGCCUAUGUUAAGUCACAUUAUGGUUUGGCAGAUCCAUUUGUAUCGCGUUGCUGUUCAAAGUCAAUUACGCGUACACAAGGGUUAUUGUUGUUGGCAUGUUCUAUGACAGUUGCAGCUUGGCUCGUCUCUGGGCAUUGGGUAUUGAACAACCUAUUGGGCAUUUCUAUUUGUGUCGCAUUUGUGAGUCACGUGCGUCUUCCGAACAUCAAAAUAUGUGCAAUACUGCUUGCAUGCUUAUUCGUAUAUGACAUAUUCUGGGUAUUCUUCUCAGAGAGAUUCUUUGGUGCCAAUGUCAUGGUAUCAGUGGCAACGCAACAAGCAUCAAAUCCUGUUCAUACAGUAGCCAAUAGUUUGAGUCUUCCUGGGUUGCAAUUGAUCACAAAGAAGCUUGAGUUGCCUGUGAAAAUAGUUUUUCCCAGGAAUUUGUUGGGUGGUGCAGUUCCUGGAGGAAAUGCUAGAGACUUCAUGAUGCUCGGCCUAGGUGACAUGGCUAUUCCUGCUAUGCUGCUGGCAUUAGUACUUUGUUUUGAUUAUCGGAAGAGCAGAGAUCCUGUAAGUCUUUUGGAUUUAUAUUCCUCAAAGGGCCACAAGUAUAUAUGGUAUGCGCUUCCUGGAUAUGCCAUUGGGCUGGUGACUGCUUUGGCAGCUGGUGUUUUGACUCGCUCACCCCAACCUGCACUUCUAUAUCUGGUGCCUUCAACACUGGGACCCGUAAUCAUCUCGUCUUGGGUUAGGAGGGAACUAGGUGAGUUAUGGGAAGGAAGCAUACAAAAUCUCAGUGAUAAAGCGAGGCAAAUAGAAGUGUAAGCCAUUCAUGGCACAUGGCUAGAAGUUGCAGAGCCGAUGCAAGCUGUAAAUUCACUUGGAACUUGGAUCCCUUUUAAGUACAAGUACUUUGGGUAGAGAAUCAAUGAUUUUAAUGUUUUAAUCUUGAAUUCCCUUAAAUAUUCAGUAAUGAAAAAGGAAAGGAAAUUUGUGCAA